UGGAGGAGUGGACCAGUUUCAGCCUCUAAGGCCCAGCUUCUUGCAGAUAUUAUGGGCACAUUUAUGGACAACUCAGGAUAUAUCAAACAUGGGUGACUUGGCAGGACUAGAUAAUCUGGUGGCCAACACUGCCUACCUAAGGGCUCAGCAGGUAAAUCACAAGGAGGUACGGAAACAGAGGCGCCUGUCACUGCCCAAACUAGAGAGGUCCUCCACUCUCAGGGCAGCUGUAAAGAGAGACUACGCAUCACUCUGUGAGCUCCAGCCGAUUGGGAGGAAGUUGUUCUGGCAGUUUCUCCUAGCCUCCAACCAGCAGUAUGCAGCAGCUGCUGAGUUCCUUGAGGAACUGAACAUCUGGGACCUGGCUGAAGAUGAAGCAAAGGAAGAAGCCAAACAGAGCAUCAUUGCUAAGUUCUGUAAAGCUGGCUCCAGCAGCUUUCUCUCCUAUCUUACUGGAGAGGCAGCGGAAAGAUGCCAGGCUGUAUCAGAAAAAGACUUUGAGGAGGUGAUGAUGGGUAAGGUAAGAAAGGCCACCAGGGACUUCCUGAAACGAAAGCCUUUCUCAGAAUACCAAAAAAGUCCCUUCUUUGAUAAGUUCUUACAGUGGAAGGAGUAUGAGAACCAGAGGAUCACUGACAGAUACUUUUAUGAGUUCAGGACAUUGGGAAGAGGUGGCUUUGGUGAGGUCUGUGCUGUGCAGGUGAAGCACACAGGCAAGAUGUACGCCUGCAAGAAGCUGGACAAGAGACGCUUGAAGAAGAAAAGUGGAGAAAGGAUGGCACUUCUAGAGAAGCAGAUCCUUGAAAAGGUUAACAGCCUCUUCAUUGUAAACCUGGUUUAUGCCUAUGACAACAAGACCCACCUGUGCCUGGUCAUGAGCCUCAUGACUGGAGGAGACCUCAAGUUCCACAUCUAUGAGCUUGGGCCCAGGGGAAUGCGUAUGGAGCGUGUUAUUUACUACACCGCCCAGAUCACCACUGGCAUCCUCCACUUGCACUCGAUGGACAUAGUGUACCGGGACAUGAAGCCUGAGAACGUACUGCUGGACAGCCAAGGUCAGUGCCGGCUGUCAGAUCUUGGACUGGCUGUGGUGUUGCCAAAAGGCAAAACAAUCUUCCAGAAGGCUGGUACAACUGGUUACAUGGCUCCUGAGAUUCUGAGGCAGGAGUAUUACCGCACGUCUGUGGACUGGUGGGCUCUCGGCUGCAGCAUCUAUGAGAUGGUGGCUGCCCGGUUACCUUUUAGGGACUUCAGAGAGAAGGUGCAGGAGGAUGAGGUGACUCGCCGCACCCUGGAGGACGAGUGCAAGUUUGAACACAGAAGCUUUGAUGCUCCCACCAAGGAUAUCAUCAGCCUCUUCCUCAAGAAGAAGAUUGAGCAACGCCUCGGGUGCCAUGAUGAUGACCCGCGGGAGCACAAGUUUUUCCAGAAUAUAAAUUUCCAUCGCCUUGAGGCCGGGCUGGUGGAGCCCCCCUGGGUGCCCCGGUCUGAUGUGGUCUACGCCAAGGACACAGAUGAGUUCAGGGACAUGUCUGAGGUCAAGGAUGUCGAACUCGAUGCCAAGGAUGAGAAAUUCUUCAAAGAGUUCAGCACAGGGGUUGUCUCGAUCCCGUGGCAAAGGGAGAUGAUUGACAGUGGAAUGUUUGAUGAGCUGAAUGAAGACUGUGAGGCUGAGAGGAAAUCCAGGUCAUGCGUCAUUUUGUAAAAGUCUUUUAUCUGGUCACAUCUAGGUCACAUCCACAGCAUCGAGAUCCAGGCAAAAAAAAAAAAAAAAAGAAGAAGAAAAAAGCAGUCAAAUUCAUACUGAAUACUUGAAAAAUCAUGCAGAGCCCUUAAUUUAAUUCAUCUUACAAAUGCAAAGUGCCUGGCAAAAUAAAUCUAAAUCCAGUACCCUGAACAGUACCCUGUUCACAUAUUUUGAAACCAGUGGCUUGCCUUUUUACCUCAGUCUGAUGCAUUUCCUGACUAAAGAAUAAUCAUUUUAUUAAUAACUAAUAAUAGACCCAGAGCGCUCACAGGGAAAUUAAGGGCACAUGAAGCCAAAAAUAAUAGGACAGCCCUCUCAGUUUUGUAGUUUUCAGAAUCAUGCGUGGAUGGAAACACACGCUGACAUUGUACUGCAGUUGCUUCUUUCCAGUUUGUCCUCUAUUCCUGGUGAGACAGCGUAUCCCAGUGUAUUCAUAGUUUCCAUUACAUCACUCAGCCACUUUGGCAGGCCUAAGUGUUUACAUGUGUUUGUAAACAAGCUACAUCACAGUUGUCCGUCAUCCAGUGACAACCAAAGUACGAUCAGUAUUUGCAGUUAUGCGCCACACUGGUCGGAAAUAUCUGAAGUGUCACAUAAAUGCCAUGAAUGCCUUUCCUCAUGUGAGGGUACUGUCUCAUACGAUCUGAAUCCUGACUGAGGUGAACUCCCUCACUAGCAGACACUCACCACUAAGUGCCGCCAGAUACCCAUUAAGUGAGCGAUUCAACCUCCUACAAAACUCUCCAGAGGUCUGGCUGUUGUUCCCAAGUAUUUACAAGCACUGCAUCAUUUGUACAAAUUUAACCAGAGGACAGUGGAAGACGAAUUGUUGUCUCCCCGAACAUUUUCCUCUCACACAAAAUGUUAACAAUAGGGAUGCAUUAAAUUUUUGGUGCUAACAAGGCAAUGCCACCCCCUCCUUUUAUUACCCCUCAAAUAACCCUGUGUUUACAAGCAACACACAACCUAAAUAAACCAAGUUAACAAUCCAAACAGUAUUGCUUGUUUAUAGCAACUACUCUAUUUAGCCUUCAAAUCCAUAUUUGGAGUGGUAAGAUUUCUCCUACGGCUUGACAAAAGCGAUAGGAGGCUGGGCUGCUGCUUAAUUUUAGAUUAGAGACUCUAAGUUUAACUUGAAUGGAAGCUGAUUACGUUCAUCACAGAUCCGCUUCAGCACUGCUCUCCAAGCAAAAGAUCAGCAAAAAACAAACAACUUUCUAUUUUUUUGUUCCAGUCCUCCCCACUUGAAUUAAUUACAUCCAUAAUCCAUGAGUUGCACCCAUGUUCCCAUAAAAAAUGAAUUUUAGUGCCUGACAGUGCACAUAUUUUGUGAUAUUUUUAUAGCAUGUUAAAAUAUGUGUAACAGUCAUACGUUAUUUUCUACGUUUUAUACAUAACAGCAAUUUACUUGUAAUGUCUUUUUGUAAUUGCGUAUACUGUGUAGAAUGAAAAGCUAAAUCAGAAAAAGUUUCAAGCAUUGAACAAGAUACAGAUCCUUGCAUAUGAUCUCUCUCUCUUUGCUCUGUACUCUGUCCUUCUCUAAUGCCCUUGUGGGCAUGAUAGCAAUGUGUGUAUAGUUGAGCACUUUAUCACAGACCAUCUUGAUAAUCCCCUGCAAAUACACCCAGCUGGGUGAUUCUUUAUUUGCCUUACACAGUUUGUGUCUUUCAGUACAGUGUUUUCUGUUCUUUCCAUUCCAUUUUCAAGCAAGGAGAUAACAUUUUUUGUGAGAUUUAAGGCAGGAGAAAAGGACCAAUUUC